UUUUCCAAAAAGUUUGUUUUCAACAUUCCUCCGCAUAGUAAUUUAUGGCAAUAAAAACGCGAGUGCAAAGUAAAAAGGUGACAUUAUUUGUUUUAAAAUGAGUUCGGCAGCCUAAAAAUUAUGUUUGAUAGUAUAUUUUGUGAUUUUACGGUAGUGUUAUUGUGAGAUUGGUCGAGAGGUACAAGGAAGACUGAAAAAGCAUCAGAAGGGCUGAGCCUUUCUCGGGCUUACAGUUUUUGCCAUCGCUCGGUACCUACUCGGUCUAGUUUGAUUUUCUUGGCAAAUGUUCAAAGACCUUCCUCUCAAUUUAAUCAUUUCAACUUACAAGAUUCCGUCUUUUGACCGCGCUUCAGGCGUGUAGUGAAUAAUAUAGAGAAAAAUGCAUGGAAAGACUCGGUGCGUUCAAUAAAGGAGAGAGUGUGAUCAAGUAUAGUCGAUUGAAGGAAUAUGUUUAAUAUGCUACGACAACAAAGAACGGCAUGCGUGUGUGAUUAAGCUAAGCUAUUCACGACUCAAAUGCUCUCGUAUGCACAACUUUUAUCGAGUUUCUGAAGAAAACCACCACAUUGGAAGGCCUGCUGAAUAUAUUGAGUGGAUUAUAGUGAAGGAUUCUUUGGUGAGUUCCAUAACUAUACGAGCAGCAUAACCGAUUUACGGACGGUGCAAUAAUGCCGCGUAACGGUGAAGCAUCCGGUUUGGAUAAGAGCUUCAACAGCAAACCGACACCGGACUGGCUACAUCCGGACCAUGUCAUCAUGAACGAAGGUGUCACGUUCGAUGUGCGGUACAUAGGUUGUCUGGAAAUACGGGCGUCAAUGAAAACGUUGGAUUUCGCCACGAGAUCACAAGUAGCAAAAGAGUGCAUUAACCGGGUAUGUGAAGCAGCAGGCUUGAAAUCUCUCAAAAAGCGCCGUGUGGACAAACGGGUACUACAGUGCAUAUCGGACACACCACAGAUGGAGCAUGCAGGAACUAACGUGACGCUGACGGUAUCUAGCAAAUAUCUCUCAUUGGUCAGUGUGGAUACAGGAGAUUGGAUUGCCCAGCAUGAUAUGCCGCGAAUAUCGUUUGCCUCUGGUGGUGAUACAGAUACGCUAGAUUUCGUAGCGUACGUGGCAAAAGAUAUAGAAGAAUGGCGGGCAUGCUAUGUACUAGAAUGUGGUGGCGGUGUGGCACAAGAUCUGAUAGCAACAAUAGGCCAAGCGUUUGAGCUUCGCUAUAAGGAGUUCUUCAACAAACCGGAAACACAAAGCAAAUUUCGAGAGUUUGUUAAAACUGACAAAGAGUAUUACAACGAUCUGCCAGACAAAAUGCCACCAGACUUACUCACCGAAAACGAUCAUUCCUCGCAAUCGCAAAGUUCCUCUAGUGUGAGAACCCGAGAAAGGAUAUCCAGUAAUCUGAUAGAUUUGAACACACCGCUUCCCAAUCAUGACUACGUAAACGACAAACAUUCUAAUACCAAUUCGCACAGCAAUAAGUCGAUAUCUUCCAGUUCCAUUGUAAAGGAUGUUUUUGAUAUGCAACCGUUCGCAAUCUCGUCUGAGAUUCAAAAAUCUCAACUGCUCACCGAAUCUUGGUAUCACGGAAACAUCAGUCGGGCCCAGAGUGAACACCUGCUGAAGAGUGAUGGCGAUUUUCUGGUACGAGAAUCAGCCGGAACGCCAGGUCAGUACGUGCUUACCGGGAUGCAAAACAAUUCUCCUAAACACCUUCUACUAAUCGAUCCAGAGGGGAUUGUACGUACCAAAGACCGAAUCUUCGAAAGUAUUAGUCAUCUUAUCAAUUACCACUGGACAAACGCACUGCCGAUCAUUUCGGCGGAAAGUGCACUCCUCCUGCGGCAUCCAAUUUUGCGAACAACUGAUCUCCUUUCGAAAGCUAAACAGCAACAGUCUCAGCAGCAAUCCCAAUUGGGGCUUAACUGAGGGUGCGAGUGCCAGUGCUGCUCGCACGGCGGCCAAUCUCCGGAACGAAAAGUGCAACCACAACAACUUGGCUGUAGUAGCAGUAGUGGCAGUUACAAGCAAGGGAAACAUUAAAUUCGCUUUGUGCUUAGUGGAAAAACAAGAAACAGAACACAAAGCGACGGACUGUAAGCUAUUUACACUACUCUAGUUUUCUUUUACUUUUACUCAAGUAACGUUAAAUCAGGCGAGCCGUUUGCAUUGAGUGGCAAGAAGCAAAAACUUACCCAGGAAAAGGAGCAAACAUUAACAGUAUAUUCUACAUUGUUCUAUGCACGAAGCAUGUUGUAAAAUAAACGAAUAAAAUUUCGAAAUGAUACCAAGAGAUUAACAAGAUUAUAUAAUAAUUACAAAAAAAAUUAUACCGCAUGCAGGUGUACGAAAUCAGAAACUUAAAAAUAGAAAUUAGUAGAUUUCUUUUAAGGCAAGAACAUACAAUUACUACUACUGAAAGUAAAAGCUAAAACUAAAAAAAAAUACAAAUUAUAUAUUGUUAUCCAUUACAGUGCCGUUUGUUGAGAAACAGAAACUAAAAUUACAAAUCAGUAGAGAUAUUUAUUUUCGAUCGUCAUAUUUUAUUGCUCUCCUUUAUAUACAGCGACGGUACAGAACAGAACAUACCACAAUCUUUAAAGUAAAGUAUUUCAAUAUUCCAUUCUAACAGCAUGAAAAAAUUCCAAUCAACAAGCAAAUAAGCUAAUGUAGGAAAAAUUCGUAUAUGAAACUGUGUCCGGUUUUCGUGACACUUCGAGAGAACAGGAAAAUUAAAUAUUCAGCUGGCUGGAUGGUACGGUAUCAAAUCAAACGUCAUGAGCUCAAUUGCUCCGCAGGUGCAGUGUAAACGGUACAAGUGUAUCGUUUACAAUCUCGAACAAAUGUUGAAAAUGGCAAUUCUGGUGAUAGAACAAAAAUUCUACAGUUUCUAAAUACACAAGGUAAUAUAACACUACAAUUAUUAUCAUAUUGUUUAACAAACACGUACACACAAAAAAAGGCUAACAUUACCAGUGAUGAAACAAGAUCAUUACUAUGAAAUGAGACGCAACAUUUAUCAAGUUACUAUUAUAUGAGAUAGGAGA